AUGAGCCAUGUAGUGACUAUCGAGGAGCCCCAGGCCAACCCGCAGGUGUCUCAAACCCGGUGCGGGGUGAAGUCAGGGACCUGGGGCAACGUCUCCUCCAGUCGACCGUAUGAUUUUCUGUACGACCCGUUGUUUAUUGUGUCAAGUGAGAAAGACUACGCACAGGCAAAUAUCCAAGCUAACCUGAUUCGAAACAGACUGAGAAAAGUUCCCAGGUUUAGAACCAUGUUCAGUAACCUGAUUCAUUAUCCAAGAUAUUCUCUGUAUUGGAGCAAGGCAGACCCUGUCCCACCAUUCAUCCGUCAGGAAUGGAAGAGACAUGAGGAGAAACACAGAGAAGCCCUCUGGCACCUUGCCAUAACAGAUACAUCUUUUCAGAUGGCCAAAGAGGUUUAUGCAGAUCCUGAAGUAACUGGAAAGAAUCGCUAUAAAUACUUUGAAAGGCCUUUCCUUCCAUUUCAUCAACAGAUGCCACUUAAUGUCGUUUUUGCAGUAACCAAGACAGAGCCAUAUACUUUUCCUCGUACUUCUGCUAAGUACCCACCGAUCCCUUCAAAGUGUACUGUGGGCACUCAGACUGAUUAUCGGGAUGCUGAAGUUCAAACAGAUCCAUAUUCUCCAGAAUAUGUAGUAUGUCAGGAGUCAAUCCCUGAGCUCUUGACCCUGGCUACUCUUACUUGGGGUCGAGGGCUCCCAGCAGGACAAGCUGAAGUUGAGAUGAUAGAACGUGCCCGGGAGAAGCGUGCUUGGGAAGCCAUUCUUCCCUGUCUGAGUGACACCUCCCAGUUUGAGAAGAGGAGGAGGAUGAUGAAUGCGAUGGAGAGGAAGGAAUGGGCCUUCAGAGAGCAGGAGAUUGAAAAACUGCAGGAGAUUCGCCUAGAAGUCCUAAAAGAGCUGCUGAAGAAGCGUGAUGAGAAUCAAAAUGAAGUGAACAUGAAGCAUUUGAAUGCCCAGUGGUCUAAACUGCAGGAAGCAAAGGAGGCAAAACUGGCACAGAUUCAGCACAGACAUGUAUCAGCAAUCAGGAAACUUGUGGGAAAGGGAAAGAAUAUAGAAGGGAAGUUGGAGAGAAGAAAUAUCAUCAAGGAUUAUUCUGACUAUGCAUCCCAGGUCUAUGGGCCUUUGUCUCGCCUUGGUCGUUUCCCUGAUAACAACUCAGAGGACUUUGUAGUAAAAAACCACUAUCUCAACACCUAUGAAGGAUUAGUUGAACUUGAGUCAUGUCUCCCAGAUUUUGUGACACAACCCCGAAUCAGACCUCCAAAGCCAAAAGUCACUACCACGAAAGCUGGUUUUCUCAAGAGGGCAGCAAGAAUGGACCAUGAGUUGGCAGAGGUUCAUAAGGCAAUAUUGGAUAAGAAGAAUAAAGUUCUUGAACCAAAGAAACUUCUGCGUUUUCUUCAAAGAAAGUCACUACCUCAACCUCGCCUUCCAACUCCAACUUUGGAAAUGAGUUCCAAUGAAGAAGAAGAUAUAGAGAUGGCUGUGAUCUACCUUCAAAAGUUACUCCGGGGAAGAGUCGUUCAGAACACGAUGUUUGAAGGCAAGGAAAAGCGACUGGAGUUGAUCCAGGAGCUGCGCACCAGCCAUGCACUACAAGAAGAUGACAGGCUGCUGAAGAAAGCUGAGAAGCAAGUGACCCUGGCCUUACAGCGACAGAGGAACUUGCAUGAGCACAAGGUGUCACUGGUUGAAAACCAUUUGGCUGGACUGGAAGGAAGGGUUCUGGCAGACAUGUUUGACUUCCUGUCCAAAGAGCUGGUGAGACUACAGGAAGAGAGGAGGAUCCAUGCUUUUGCCAUGCUGGCUGAGCGGCAGCGGAGGAUGCGAGAAGCUGAGGAGAGUGGUCGGCGCCAAGUGGAGCAAAGGCGCCUGCGGGAGGAGGACCAGAUAUUUAAGGAGGUGGUUAAAGUUCACCAAAGUACUGUAACUUCCUAUCUGGAAGACAUAAUACUGAAUACUGAAGAGAAUACUGCAGAAGAACAAGCCAGGGCAGAAAUUGAGAAGAUGGCUGAGGAAAUCAAUGACAUUGCUUACGAAAUGGAGAGCCGUCGAACUAAGCUUCAGUCAGAGGAGAUUGUUGCUGAGUUGGUUUAUAGUUUCCUGAUCCCAGAGGUCCAAAAGGACUUUGUCAAAGAAAAAGUGAGGAAUGCACAGCAGAAGCAUAUCCUUGCAGCCCAUCAGAUCAUCCACAGACACACAGAAGCCAUGCUCAGAAAGAAUUUUGUUGAGCAACAGCAAGACGAGGUCUCAGACACUGACGAGUUACUAGAGGAAGAAACUCAAAAUGAGAAAAACAACUAAGGUUUGCCUGCACUUACGUGACCAACAGAACAUCUGUAGGGGAAUCUAUUGGGACCUGAAGUUUCAACCAAUGAGGAUCAUGGAAGGAAUGUUGAGAUGAGGGGGCAGUUAAGAAUGAAAGCAGACAGAAAGCAGAUAAAGGACUCUUAAAUACCUAGCUAUGGCUGUAAAUUAUAGCAGAAAACCUUUUGUUUUUAAUUAAUAAUGAAAUAACCUCUGAAAUCACUGAAGAUAUAAACCAUGUAUUUACAUGGAAUGUUAUCCAUACAUCUAUAUAAUAUAAAUUCAAGGACCAUAGCAUUUUGCCUAUCUUAUUAUUGUGAUAAAAUUACCCUUAAUGUUUGGAUAGUCAUUUUUCUUACAUGUAAAUUUAAUAUUAUUAAUAAUUCACAUAAUUUAAAUUAAAUAUGUGUGCAUUUACUUCUGAGUAUAAAGGAUCUCUUUACUGCUUUAUUAAAUGUUUAGAACAAAGGGGCAUGUGGUGGCUCAGUCAGUUAAGUAUUGGACUCUUGAUUUCGGCUCAGGUCAUGAUCUCCCAGUUUGUGAUUUCAAGCCCUGCAUUAGGCUCGGCACUGACGGUGAGGAGCCCACUUGGGAUUCUCUAUCUGCCCCUCCGCCAUUUGUGCUCAGUCUCUCUUUCUCUCUUUCCCUCUCCCUCUCUCUCUCUCUCAAAAACAAACUUAAAACAAUAUUUGGAACAUGAUGUUUAGUUGCCCCCAUAGUAUGUAUUAAUCUCUCUCCCUUCUCUGUCAGAAGGAGGGAAGGACAGAUGUGAGAUUAUUUAAUAAUGCUUAAGGAUGUAGGCAUGGACUGUUGAGUUAAAAAUAUUUUUAAUUAGCUUGAAAACAAUGGAGACCUAAUAGUGAGGAAUUGCUGGGCAAAUAUCUAGGAGCAAAAUUCAGAGAGUUGGUUCUGGCAUUUAGAGCCACUUUUUUUUUUCUCCCCUGAGGGAAUGUGCAAAUUCUAGAAAAUUUGGCUGAAAAGCUGAGUGAAUCUUUCCCCAGCUUUGUAAAACUAAGGGGACAAAAACUGGAGUCACAUUGGAGGCCCUGGUAAGCCUCUUCCAUUUAGGUUGGACUCUAAAAGGCUGUGUGCCAGUAGUAAGGAUUAAUUGGAAAUAACUGUCCCUCACAAAGACUACAGUUUAGCUUCCAGUCAUCUGAAUGCUCCAAAAAAAUCUCAGUUGCAGAAAUUGAAUUAAAGAGAUCAUUGAUUCCUGUUGCUUCAGAAAACUUGUCAGAAACAAAACUUAAAUUCUCUUUGUAGAAAGAUGACAUCAUCCUAGACCUCUU